GAGCAUUGCAGCACAUACCACCGUUACACAUCUCCGUGCACAUCAAGGGUUUAUUCUAAGGCUUUUGCAUCCAUGUGUUUUCUCAUUCUGUCUGGGGAGAUUUUUCCGACUGGGAUACAAAGGGACUUCUGAGAGACUAAACUUUUCUUGCGCCAGGGAUGCUGGAUGCUCCAAGUCCACUUUGGCACACGGAAGGAACUUGAUACAAGUUACUACUGUUUUUUUUUUUUGGGACUAGACUCACAUGUAUAUUCGCUUUGUGCAGCUACUUUCAAGGAAUCCAUCCCGUCCUAAGGGUUUUUGGAGAUGUCGCUAUAGUAGCCCAUUCAAUGUUGCGCUCGUUCAUUUGGACACUUGAGUAAAACUUAUUGUUAUUUGAAUAAAAUAGUUUCGCUUGCUUGCAUAUUGAUUCAGCAAGUUGUGUUAGUUACUCAGCGCACCUCGAGUUUAGAUAUUUGUCUCUUUCCUGACACGUCUCUGUGUGAAUAAACCCAUUUCGCACUCUCUACAUAAAAUGACAUUAACCGGUGGGGAGAAAUUGUGUUUUCUUUACCCGUCUAAUGUGUGACAUAACAGAGUCCGGACUCCUCAACUCCCCGCUCCUCUUUGGAAACAUAUACAUAUUAAAACAACAUAUACGGACCUCGCUGGCUCACGGCGAGUACCUUCGACGCUUUCUAACCUGAGUCGGGACCAACACACAGCCGCCCAGAUGCAGUUUCGAAUGUUCUCCUUUGCGCUCAUCGUGUUGAACUGUAUGGACUACAGCAACUGUCAGACGCAGCAGUCUCACCGCUGGAGAAGAAACAAAAGAGCUAGCUAUGGAGCGUACCCAAUCUGCAAAGGCUGCUCUGUGUGUUCGAAAGACAAUGGGUGUAUGAACUGCCAACCAAAGCUGUUCCUGUUUCUACGAAGGGAGAGGAUGAGGCAGUAUGGGGAGUGUCUCCACGCCUGUCCAUCAGGCUACUAUGGCGUGCGAGGGACAGAGAUUAACAUGUGCUCCAGGUGUAGGAUAGAUGACUGCGAGGCCUGUUUCAGCAAAGACUUCUGCACAAAGUGCAAACCUGGUUUUUACUUGCACAAGGGUCGUUGCUUCGACAAGUGUCCAGAGGGUUUUGCUCCCCUGGAAGAUAACAUGGAGUGUGGAGAGGGUUGCGAGGUGGGCCAGUGGAGUGAGUGGGGGUCCUGCACUAGAAGAAACAAAACCUGUGGCUUCAAGUGGGGGCUGGAGACCCGCACACGGCACAUUGUGAAAAAGCCUCCAAAGGACACAAUACUAUGUCCCACCAUUGCUGAGUCCAGGAGAUGCAAAAUGGCCAUGCGACAUUGCAGGGGAGGAGGUUCGGGGAAGGGGCACCGAACUAAAGAGCAGAAGAAGAAGUCCAACAAGCAGAGGCUGCACUUCCGGGCCCAGAACCAGCACAGUGACCACCUGGCCUCGGUCCGGGCUGGCCAGUAAAAAAAACUUUUCGAUGGAACAAAGACCACGAAGCUGCUAACCGAUGCUCUCCAUAAACCUACCCUGAUGAAAAUACACACACCCAAACAGUGUUAUUCACACUCAUGUGGUUACACUCCUCUCACACUGUCUCUCCAUGCCUCCUGCUGCUUCCCUCGCCAGUGACACGUCCCGCGACCCAUGACCCCACUGUGACAUCAUGGAACACUAUAGCAGCUGUUCAUAUAGCUCACAUCUCAUCCCAUAUAAAGAGGAAGAAGAGAGUCAAUUGAGCUGGAAGCACACUAAAGAAAGACCGGGCGUGGAGAUCGGAAGGUGUAGAAUGAGCACAGCGCUACGAAAGGAGAUAAAAGACAUGGACUGAAAGGAGAAGAAGAGACUAGAGAGCUAAUACAGGGGAUAAUCAAACUGUUAUAGCCCCAAGAAACAAGAAAGAAAGACUUAUCUGUAUUUAUGUAAAAUCAUUCCAUUCCCCUCCCUAAAAGGCUGAGUGCAUCAUGUAUAGCCUAUUUGGUCAAAUAGGUACUUUGUUUUUAAUAGAAAUGUUACAGAAACAAUGCAUAGUUGCAAAUUAAUUAUUCACUGCACAAAAUGUUUACGUCCAGACCGCUUUAUGCUUUAACUGUAUAUUGUGGAUAAGAAUCUUAGUUGUUCAACUAGCAUGGCCACAAACUCAUGUGUACAUAGUUGGUAAGUUUAUCUAAUAUCGGUAACAUUGAUGAUUAAUAAAAAAACAUUACGGUAUUUUCAGUAUUGACACCUUCAGCGUUUAAAUGUGUAAGAAAAGGUUUAUAAUACCAGCUAGAGUUGAAAUAAUAAGAUAAAAAAAAAGCUUAUUAUUGUAAGAAGAUAAUAAGAACAAAAAAGCUAAAUAGAUAAGCAUAGCCUCCACAUAGCUAUUACAUUUAUAUGGUAUAAAAUUGAUUUAUUUAUUAAUUUGUAUUAUUAUAAUUAUUAUUAUUUUGAUUAUGUUUGGUGAAAAUUAUGUCUUUGUACCUGAUACUCCUCAGUGCUAAAGUAUUCUGCAAACCACUUAUAACAAAUCAAAUAUCUCCAAAAGUGGAAACUGAUUGUCUGAUUUGCUGGUAAAUGUUCCUCAUUGUGUAAACUUGGUUUAAGCAUCCUGUAUUAUGUUGAUUACAGAUCCUGCAGCAGCUGAAGUAUAUUGUCAACUGAUUGAUAAUGUGUA